AUAAGAGUGUCUGCUAAAUGAUGUAAAUGUAAAAAUGUAUGUGUGUCACAUUGAGUGAGAAAGAAAGAGGUAGAGAGAGAGAAUGAGGAAGUAAAGUUCCAAAGUUACUUGCUGCUUAAUGCUAACAGAGAUCAGUGAAAAGAUAAGAGAGAGAGAGAAAGGUGGUGGCUGUGGUGUACCAUAUUGACAUGGUACAUUUGUGUGAGAAGGUGUUGCUGUCUGUUGACCGUCUGUGACAAGGUCAGCUGUCCGACCCUGCAAAAUACUUUACUUUGAUGUUGACAGAUGGCCCGGGGUUAGGCAUUUGAUUGGAUUAUAACAGUCAAGACGUUAUCCCUGUGAAUCACAAGGCAAUCCUUUGAGCUCCAGGACGGUGGUGGGGAGGUGGAGAGAACCCAGUCACGGCUGAUGAGAGUGGUGAGAGACAAGACAAGCAACAACAAUGACGACAGCUAUGUCCUGACCAGGGUUACACAGAAGUCAGUAAGAGAGGAGGUAAAGUUGGAGGACACCCUGGCCGCCAGGGAGAACCCCAUGAUCAAUGACAUCAGAAAAAACGAGAGAGAUUUCAGUCCCAUUCCUGAAGACAGUGUCCCAGAGCAGCUUCCUGCUGAGCAGGAUGGCAUCAGGCUCAAUCCCUGGAGGAGCCACAGGGUGGCAACAGAUCAGCAAGGUGAUUCUCUAGGUGCCUUGCAGAUUGCCAACGGAACCCCUGUGGCCAUGAUGACUAUAUCUCCUUCCCCUCCCACCACUGUCGACAUCGGUGACCUGAGGGACGUCCUGAACUUCACACCCGAGCUCCACUCUAUACCAGCCCCUAUAUCCGUGGUGGAAGAUGACAGCCCCCUCGUGUCCGUACCCCCACCUGUCUCUUCAGGGAACACCCUGGACACCCCCAUCAUGAAUGUUCUUCACACCCUGGUGCUGGAUGCCCCCAUCGUGGAUUCCCCCAUCAUGGAUUCCCCCAUCAUGCACAGCCUUGCAUCUGUGGAUGUCCCCAUUGGGAACAGCCUUGAACCUGUUGAUAUCCCCAUUGUGAAUGACACUGACCCCCUCAAUAUCCCCAUCGUGAACGACCUUGACCUCCUGGAGGCCCCUGCAGAAUUCAGCUCCAACUUUAUCGCUCAGCUUGAAGAAGAGGGUCAGGUGGAGGGUAAGGACCAGAGGCCUUUCCUGGGGGUCCAACCCAAGCACACCUAUGAGAUUUUUGGGGAGCUCACUCCUGAUGAACCCUCUGUGGAAGUGGACCUGACAACCCCAGGCUAUCAAACCAUAGCUGAACUGGUCCACGAAUCAACCACACAGCCUGACAAUGACACAACCAUGGUCACAAUGCCAUCGGACCUGGCAAGCCCAGACUAUGAGAUCAUAGGUGAACUGGUCCAGCAAUUGAGCGCAACCACACUGCCUGACAAUGAGCCAAUAAAAACUACAGGCACAGACCCGGGGGAGGGGCUUGACCUGACAAGCCCUCUCUCAUUGGUGGAGGAGGUAGAGGAUGGUUUGAGUGACAGGGGGUGGAAUCCAAUGUACGCCAGGGUGAGCAGGAAGCUUAGUAAGUGCCCUACCCCACCCCCUGUACCUCCGCCAGAGGACGAGGAAGAGGAGGAAUCUUUACCUCCAUUACCGGAAAGAAGUGGAGAGAUGGAGGAAUGAUCAUCGUAGAAUAUCCCUUCAGACUUUUAAAAAGCACUGCAAAUUUGUGUUAUGUACUCAAUGCUAUUUGUAUUUAUAUGCAGUGCAUUCAGAAAGUAUUCAGACCCCUUGACUUUUUCAACAUUUUGUUAUGUUACAGCUUUAUUCUAAAAUGGAUUAAAUAGUUUUUUCCCCUCAUCAAUCUACACACAAUACCCCAUAAUGACAAAGCAAAAUCAGGUUUGUAGAAAUGCUUGUAAAUGUAUUCAAAAUAAAAAACGGAGAUAUCACAUUUA